CUUUAUUUCUUCCCUGGUGAGGAAUACUGUUUGGUUUUUCUACUUGAUAAUUUUAGAGUUCAAAUAAACACCAGUAAGUUGAUAUUGGAAAUUUCUAACAAGAAAGCUUUAAUUUUCCUCCUCUGUCUGUAGAGAAACGUGUGCAUUCAUGCUGGUGCUGUUUAUGUAGGGGAGAUCAAGCCAUGGCUGGUUUGCUCUUAACACAAACACUUGGCCACGGAGCCUCCUUUGCCAGUCGCUGCCCACCCCAUGCACUCCAAUGCACUGCUUUAAAUAAGGUGUUUUAUUUCUCCCCUCAGCCUUAAGUCCACAUGGAAACCUUGUAAGUUUCUCUUUUUAGACUUAGUUUCCUUUUUUGAUACUUGUUUUUGUGUGGAAAAUCCCAGUAAAGGUAAUGGUAAAUGUCUUGCCAUUCACAUGACCGUGGAAAAUAAGUAUGCUAAGUAAGGCCUAACUUACACAGUAGCCUUGCAUGAUGUUCAGCUGAUCUCUGAGAGAACAGUUUAUGUUUAGGCUGAUAACCUGACAGUUUUAAUAUCUUCUGUUUUUAGCAUAUAAGGUGUGUGCUUCAUAAUUGCUUUCUGGUGUUUUAGUGGUAUGAUCUAAUUUCUGCAAGCUAAUUUUGGACUGCUCUGCGCCAUGUUACAAGUACACAAAAGUGUGUUAGUUUUAAGCUCAGCAGGAAAGGAACAGCUUCUUGUUUGCUAAAUGAAAAUGCAGAAAUGCAACCAGGGAAAAUGUGCAAUAGUUUGUCAGACUUUGAGGACUUCCCUUGGCUCCUGGGAAUUCUUAGGUAAUGGACCAGUGGGGAAGAUGCGCUGUUCAUAAUAUUGGAAUACUGUGGUUUCUGUAUUUCUGUGAAGGUAAGGUGGUGGCAUGUGCAGACUGUGCACUCAGGUGGCUGCCUUGUCAACUUCUGUGACAAAUAGGGCCCUUUUCUGUAGCAAGAGUCAUUUGGAUCAGUAGGGAUGGGGAAAACAGGGGCUCCAAAAAGCAAAGCAAUUGCUGCAGAAAAAUCUGAAUCUGAAAUUUAAGACUUAAAUACUUGUGUCAUAUUUUCAGAGCAUAAAGAACUGACAUUGGAGGUGUUUAUGUAUUCAUUACAUGAUGGGAAACCAUGAAGUAUUCAUCAUCAUAUCAGCUCCAAAAUAUUAAUGAAACUACUUCUGUGACAAUCAGCUGGAGUGUUCCCCUUGUUUAUACACCUCAUCCAUUCACCGUUCGUUGUUGCUGCAAAUGUGAUUUGAAGCAAACCUGGGUUUUCUGUGCUGUGAACUGUCCUGAGCCCCUGAGGCAGGCAGGGACAGAGUGGCAGAGGCUGGCAGGAGGAGGUGGUGCCUGAGGAGUUGGGAUCCGAGGAGGAUGCUGGCAUUGCCUGCCAAAGGCAACUCUCCUGGAACGCUUGGAGACUUUGACAGCAGUUCUGAGACCACCCAUGGCUCCCAGGCCAGCUCUGUAAGUAUUCCACCCAGGAACAAGGAUGCCAUGGAGCUGCUCUGGCUCUGGCUCUGUUUCAGAGCAUUUUAGCCUCAGAAGAUUGAAGCCCUUCUUUGCUCUCCCCACUCUGCAAUGCCCUGCCACCCUGCACAGUGAGGGAGAGCAGAGCCCUCAAAUGGACUGCUUGGUCUUGGGCUGAGCUGCCCCAAUGGCUCCUGUGUUAUUUCCUGUGCCUCGGGAUGGCCAACCCCAGGGAAGGCAUUCCAGGGGCAUCCUCAUGGCCUCUGGAAAGGGCUCACCAACAAUUGCUUGUGUGUGCACUGACCUGGCAGGGUCCUGAUGGCUCUGCUUGGCUGCCUAUGGGGUUUAGGCACAAGUUUGGGAGGGUGGAGCUGCCUUUGGGAGGAGGUGUGCUCCUGGAGCCAGAGAGAGGGAGGCUCUGCUGGGCUUUGCACUCUCUCUGUGCAGCUACUCUUGUGAAGGACUUUUUUUUUUUCUUUUUUUUCUUUUUUCUUUUUUUUUUUUACCUGACUGAACAGAAUUUUUAUUAUAUCAGUGAAAUUUCUGGGUUGUUUGUGCUUUGAAGAGUUUUAAGGAUUCCUGCUGAUGCUUUUCCUGAGGGAAGCCAUGCCCUACCACAGAGUCCUUCGCCUGGUCCUGCUAACACUGUGCAGCAUCCUGGUCCCUGCUGUGCUGGCAGAGUACCCGCAGGACGCGGUCCCCACCCUCUGGAACGAGCCGCCCGAGCUGCCUUCUGGAGCCGGUCCCUUCGACGCUGCCACCGCCACCGCCCGGCUGUCGGAUGCCACUGCUUUCCCCCCGUACACCUCCGAGCUGGAGCCCGACGACACCACCCACCUGCACCGGCUGGACACGGGGGACGGUGAGUGGCUGCGAGAAGUACUGCCCGCGGCUCACUCCCGCAGCAGCCUGGAAUGUCCUCACGGAUUUGCUCCCUGUGGGCCUGUCAUCUCCCGGGAGCGGUUAAAGCCACACUGCUGGGGAGGGCUGCCUUUAUUGCCUGCUCAUGGAAACUUCCCUGCUGGAAAAACCUCUGCUGCAGAGCUCUUGCCAGCCCCAAGAUGGCUCCAAGACUCUUCUUCCUGCCCCAUGACCUGUCAUGGCAGGCACCUGCCCUGAAAAGAAAACUGCCCUGGGUGUAGGUAGGGCUCUCAGGACAGAGUGUGCUGAGAGUUCCCUGGACAGGGAGCACAAGUGCCUUUCCUGGCUUGUGGCUCCUGACUGACAGCAAGCACCAGCUGCCAUCUGGUCCUGCUGCAAGCGAAGCAACUCUCCCAGUGUGUUAGCAGGAAAGCUGGGCACCACUGACCCACUUUGUGGCAACUGUCCUUGUCACUGGGAGCUGGGUGAGGUGGUGGUAGCUGGCUUACAGCCCCCUGCCCAAAGGUGCACAGGAUGACACCUGGGACAUGGCCAGUGCAGGGAGCUCCAGGAUGGGAGUGUGGCCUGAUGCCUGGGGACAUGCUGGGUGUGGGGUGAUCC